AUGUCAGAUCCUGUGGAGCUAUUGAAAAGAGCUGAGAAGAAAGGUGUUCCUUCAUCAGGUUUUAUGAAAUUGUUUAGCGGUUCUGAUUCUUACAAGUUUGAAGAGGCUGCUGAUCUUUGUGUCCAGGCAGCUACCAUUUACCGUUUGAGAAAAGAAUUGAACUUAGCAGGAGACUCUUUUCUAAAAGCCGCUGACUAUCAGAAGAAGGCUGGUAACGAAGAUGAAGCAGGAAAUACUUACGUAGAAGCUUACAAGUGUUUCAAAAGCGGUGGAAACUCUAUUAACGCAGUAGAUUCAUUGGAGAACGCUAUCCAAAUUUUUACUCAUAGAGGGCAGUUCCGCAGAGGUGCUAAUUUCAAGUUCGAACUGGGAGAAAUUUUGGAAAAUGAUUUGCACGACUUUUCAAAGGCCAUAGAUUGUUACGAGCUUGCUGGUGAGUGGUAUGCUCAAGACCAGUCUGUGGCAUUGUCUAAUAAAUGUUUUAUCAAAUGUGCAGAUUUAAAGGCUCUCGAUGGUCAAUAUAUCGAAGCAAGUGACAUCUAUUCCAAGUUGAUUAAGAGCAGCAUGGGAAAUAGGUUGAGUCAAUGGAGUUUGAAGGAUUACUUCCUAAAAAAGGGUCUCUGUCAGCUUGCUGCCACUGAUGCUGUUGCUGCUGCAAGGACUCUACAAGAGGGUCAAAGUGAAGACCCAAAUUUCGCAGAUUCAAGAGAAUCGAAUUUUUUGAAAAGUCUAAUUGACGCCGUUAAUGAAGGUGAUAGCGAACAGCUCAGUGAGCAAUCCAAGGAAUUUGAUAAUUUCAUGAGACUUGAUAAAUGGAAAAUCACAAUUUUGAAUAAGAUUAAGGAGUCCAUCCAACAGCAAGAAGAUGAUCUGUUAUGA